UAACGGCCUUUACCAGACUUUGCUGCUCCUAUAACGUGCCUUCCCCCAGCUCUUGGCGCGGAUAUCAUGACCAGGUGGAAGGCUCCCUUCUGCCGGUUCUGCCCAGACUCGAAGCAUGAGCUCCAACAGUAAGGAAUGUGGCUUUAGUGAUGGUAUCGGCCCAAAGAUCAAGGAGCCGGCCGGCCCUGGUGGCCCUAGUGCCCCGUGGGCACCUGGGCUAGACUUGGAUUUGGAUCCUGUGGGAAGGGGUGAGGGCCAGAGUCAGGACCAGGACCAGGACCAGGGAGCAGAUGGAGGGGAAUGCAGGCCUUCAAGCCCACAGGCCCUCACGUGGCCAUUGGAGUUGGACUCUGGCCCUGAGACCGAUGUAGAAAUGACCCAGGCAGAAACAAGGGUGCUUUGGGGCUGCCAGGCCUGGCGUGGCACUCCUGCCCUGGACGGGAAGCGCACUGCCAGUUCUGAGCCCCAGUUCGCUGAGGUGUGUGCGGCCUUCGGGCAGCCGCUGCGUGGCCCAGGUGAAGGGGCGGUGCCCCAAUUGCCAAGCAUAGAAAGCGGCAGCGCCCAAGCGGCUGGCAUAUGGGCGUGCCGCCAGGCAGACUGCACCUGUAGUGGUGCGCUGUGCUCACACAGUGUGGAGUCGCUGCAGGCUUAUGCUGUUCCUCCGCACGUGAGUGCCCGGAAAGAAGGCUGGGUCUGGGGCCCCAGUAAGACAAGAGGCACCACGCAGGGCUUGAGUAUUCGCACCGAUAUCCAGCGCAGCUGUGGAGAAGGCUUUCUCCUGCUGCCUUCUGACACUGAGUUCUCUGAUGAGCUCAGGGACAUGCAUCCCAUGAGUGUGAGUUUUCACCAAGAAGGAGGAGGCCAAGCCAAGGGCAGCAGCUCCGAAGAAGCAGCAGAAAGUUUUGGACACUCGACUUACCAUGACAGGGCUGAUUUCCCUCACAUUUCAGACCCUCUGUUGACCUCUAUUCUGCAGGGGCUCAGUUGGACCAUGGAAGGGCAGCCAGUGGGGGAGAUGGGUCCCUCUUCCUCUAAGACAUUGCAGAGUGUGAUUCCCUGCACAGGAUGGGAUAGGUCCAACCUCUCGGGUGUUGCUGCUGCUGCUGCACCUGCUAGUGCAUGGUGCCUGCCCCAGGCCAAUCCUGGGAGGAAUCCAGGUGAGAAGAAGAAAUCCCUAGGGGUUGACCCAGAAGUUCUCCUGAGGACAGCCUUUGCACCAUGGGGGCACAGAGAGUCAGCAGCUCUCAUGGAACCAGAUAGCUUCCCUCCACUCUCUGUUUCACUGCUUGAGAAACCCAGUACGUCUUCCCCACUUCCUUGGGGAGCCAAACAGUCCAGGCAGGGAGGCACUGUGAAGAAAUCUGGGGCCAGGAGGAAGAGGGAAGCCCAGCCCAUGGCCAGAGGAGGUGGUGGCCCAAACAGAGAUCCUGUUCCAAGGACCCAAUUUCCAGCAUAUAGACCACGGAUGCCUUCUCAGUACAGUCAUCACAAAGAAUUCAUCAGCGGGGACCCUAAUAUGAGAGAACACCAAGUUGGGGCAAACUGGCUAUCUUUGUCCCCAAGCCAGCGAGAUAUCAUACCCAGAGACCCUGCACACUCCCAACGAAACAGAAGAUCUACGAGAGCAACCAGGUGGAAUCCAACAUCUUCUACCAGAAAAGCAGCUACUACCUGUGGAGUCCAGGAGCUGAGACCCAGCUGCUUUCCUCCAGUUUCUCUGCAGCCAGUGCCCCCUCUCUACCCAUACAUUUGUCUCCUUUCCUAUCCCAGUUCACAGCAGUUUCAAAUUAAAUUGCCUCUCAUGUUUUGUGUUUCGCUCUCUCUGAAGGGUGUGAGGUUCCUCCCUGUCAGAGAAUUUUAAGAACAGUUCCCUUGCUUAAUUCAUGCAACAAUAAAGUCAU